AUGAGUUUUGAGAAAGGAAACUCGUCUUCUCAACACGAGGACACCCCUACUGUGUAUCUAUGCAGUAAAAUUCUGGAUGACGCAUUUUUAGUGGUGUACAUCGUUCUUGGCUUCGCCAUGUUCAUUGGAAACAUAUUCUGUUGUACUGUCUUUUUAAACACCUCUCAGUUUCGCAACUGCUAUAUGAACAUCUUUCUGGUGAGCCUCGGAGUGGCCGAUGUCUUAGCUGCCCUGUUGAUAAUCCCUGGACAUUGCGUGUUCUGUACAAGCUGCUCAAAAGAGUACGUUUUUAACGUUUUGAAUAUGGAGCAAACUUGUCAAAUCCUAGACGGAGUAAAGGACUACAUUUGGCUAGCGUCUAUCUUUAGCGUACUUUCCAUCACCUAUGACAGAUACCUGGCAGUUAAUCAGCCCCUUCGGUAUUACAGUAAAAUGACUGCGCAAACCGUUGUGAGAAUUUUAACCAUGGCAUGGUUGUUGCCUUUGCCAUUUUCCUUCAUAAAACCUGUUCUGAACGCUGCAGAUGUGGAUUUUCUAAGAGACGGUUCCCAAAGCGAAUCCGUCUUUGACGUAGCAUUGGUGAUAUGUCUGAUUAUCGUUCCAAUGGCUGUUCUAGUAAUUGCAAACGUUUCUAUUAUGAAGGCCAUCAAGAAACAGCUUGGACGAGUUGCAUCCCAUAGAGCGCGAGCUGCUGUGGAAGAUAUUAGACCGAAAGAAAACCGCGCGAAGACCAUAUCAUGCUUGAUAGUGGUCUUGGUAUUUCUUGUUAGCUGGUUUCCUCGGUCUUUGCUGAAUUUCGUGUUACUAGUUGGCAUUAACCACCUCAAAGGGCUCAAACUUCUAGAAAAAAUUUCGCUCGUGUUCCUAUUUUUUCAGUCGUCUAUUAACCCCUUGCUGUAUUCUUUUUACCGAAAAGACUUUCGUCAAGCGGCUAAGAAACUUCUUCUACGAACGGUUCCAUCGAAACUUAGGAUUUCCUUGAAGUUUAAUAAGAAUGACGAUAAUGCUAGUGUACAAAACUCAAGUUUAGAACCAGCAUUGAUUAUAAAUUCAGUGCAUUUAGCCCAGCUGUCUGAGAUAAAAAUUUAG